AUGGCAGAAGAUAUUUUGCACCGCUUGCGACUCGCGACAAGAAAUUUCGAGUUGCAAAUGAACGCUGACAUCUACAAUGAAGCAUUAGUACUUAUUGAAAAUUUAUGUUUACUCAUGAGUGGAAAACUAUUGAUUGAAGUUCAUAUGCCAGCGCCAAGUCGUCAAGCAAGGGAUGUACUGAAUCGUGAAUUGGAACUCGAGCGUGCUUACGAUAUAACUCACUUGCAACAACAAGCACAAACAAAUUUUCCACUGUUGAAUGAACAGCAAAGCAGUGCGUACAAUCAACUAAUAAAUGCUGUAGAUAAUGGAAACGGUGGCAUAUUUUUUUUCGAUGCGCCCGGCGGGACCGGUAAAACGUUCCUAUUGUCUUUAAUACUAGCAGCAAUACGUGGUCAAAGUGGUAUUGCAUUAGCUCCUGCAUCUACCGGGAUUGCGGCAACACUGUUGGAAGUUGGAAGAACGGCACAUUCAGCAUUAAAGCUUCCAUCAAACUUGAAAAUACACGAAAGUCCUGUUUGCAAUAUUUCAAAGCAAUCAGCAAUGGCACAAGUUUUAAAAAACUGUAAAUUGAUCAUAUGGGAUGAGUGCACAAUGGCCCACAAACGAUCAUUAGAAGCACUCGACCGAACAUUGAGAGAUUUGCGCAAUAAUGAUCGUUGCUUUGGAGGAGUGAUGAUAUUGCUGGCGGGCGACUUCAAACAAACACUACCCGUGAUUCCAAAAUCAACAGCGGCGGAUGAGCUAAACGCAUGUCUGAAAUCAUCGCAUUUGUGGAG